CGUGUUUGUUUUCUUUUGUUUGUGUUGGUGGCACUUGAUUGGUGUGUUUGGUGAAUCAGUGUCAGUGAUGGAGGGAGAUUCUGUCACUUUAAACACUGAUGCUACUGAAGUACAACAAGCUGACGACAUACUGUGGGAAUUUGGAGCUGAGAAGUAUCUUAUAGCUAAAAUGAAAAAACAACAGCAAAUCUUCUCCACAUUUAAUGGUCCUGAUGGGAGAUUCAGAGACAGACUGAAGCUGGACAAUCAGACUGGAUCUCUGACCAUCACAAACAUCACAACUCAACAUGCUGGACUCUAUAAACUAGAUAUUACUGGAGAGAAACUGUCAUCACAAACAUUCAGUGUUUCUGUCUAUGCUUGUCUGUCUGUUCCUGUCAUCAGCAGAAACUCUUCACAAUGUUCUUCUUCAUCAUCUUCAUCACAGCAGAAUUGUUCAUUGUUGUGUUCAGUGGUGAAUGUGGGUCAUGUGACUCUCUCCUGGUACAAAGGAAACAGUUUAUUGUCCAGCAUCAGUGUGUCUGAUCUCAGCAUCAGUCUCUCUCUACCCCUGGAGGUGGAAUAUCAGGAUAACAACACCUACAGCUGUGUGCUCAACAAUCCCAUCAGCAGCCAGACUCAACACCUCAACGUUACUCAUCUUUGUCAGACAUGUGCAGAUCAGGGUCUACCUUUAUUGUACAUAGUGCUGAUUUCUGUUGCUGCUGGAUCUCUGUUGAUUGUAGCUGCAGUCGUGAGGUACUGCUGGAUACACAGAAAAAUAGACGUGAUCAACGUGAUAUACGAAAAUCAUUCAACACUGUCUAAACCGAAACCACGAAAAAAGAAAUCAAAGGAACCUGUGUAUGGAAAUAUCAGCAGAAAUAAUCAGCAAUGAUGAAAUAUAUUUUAGAGCUCAUACGGACCCCUGACUCACACGAUUUAGUUCACAUUUAUUCUCUGCCAGGAUAUUUUUCGUCUAUCUCUGUUUUGUUGUCACUCUUGUGUCACAUUAAAGACUUCAUCUGU